AUGGUUUCACUGGUUUCACAGCAUCGGUUUGAAUUCUGGAGUAAACAAAAUUUGGAACGUAAGCACCCACCCAGGGCUCAAAAUCUAUUUUUACUUUUUUGGAAAGAUUUAAAUGCUUUCUUGCGUUCUUCAAAUAUAAAAAUUGGUGAUAUUUCCAACCUCACCAGUAAAAUAUGGAAAAAUGAAAAUUUUACUUAUCAGUUAUGGAAAGAAAUUAUUAUUGAUGAAAUAAAACCAUUUUACAAAAAACUUUCAGAAAUCGCAAAGAUGGUUCAUAAGUAUUCUUUCCCAGAUUACAAAUUCAGUCCAAACCGUAAAAAUAAACAUUUACGAAAUGUCAAAUUUGAAUCUUGCCAACCCUCCUACUACAUUUAUAAUCCAACCCAUUACAAUUACAAUGACUACUCUAAUAAACCAAACCCAUUUAAUAUCCAUCCCGCUUACGACAUUGAUAAUCCAAAGCCAAUUAAUUUUCAAUCUGUAAAUUACAAUUAUUACUACUAUAAUAAGCCAAACCCAUUUGACAUUAAUUUAACAACAAUUACAGAAAAUAAUUUUCAAACUGUUAUUAAGACUACUAAGAUUUCUGUAGAUCAGUAUGUUAAAAUUUAA